AUGUAUUCCGGUGGUGCUACCGGCACUCACACCCCUCGCUCUUCACAAAACCUGAGACCUCUCAUCCUCACUCAUGGCUCUCUCGACUAUGCCUUCCUGAUACCCACCGCCCUCCAUUUCCAAGCAUCCCAGCUGAAAGAUGCCUUCAAUGCCUCUCUACCCGAACCCACAGACGAAUUGGCUCAGGAUGAUGAGCCCUCUUCCAAUGCCGAGCUGGUCGCCCGUUACAUUGGCUUCAUUGCCGCUGAAGUCGAUGAUGACGAGGAGGCUACCGGCUUCGUCGAGGUCCUCAAAGUCGUCCUGAAUGAAUUCGAGCGAUCAUUCAUGCACGCCAACGACGUUCAUGCUUUGGCUGCUACCCUCCCUGGCAUCACUGCAAAGAAAUUGGUGGUGGUUCAAUGCUACUACGCCGGUCGAGCCGCAGUCGCAAGACCAAUCAAGCCUCAUGAUUCAGCACUCCUCAGAGCUGCGGAUGACGAAGAAGCUAGCAUUUACACCGUCUUCGGUGGCCAAGGAAACAUCGAGGAAUAUUUCGACGAGCUAAGAGAAGUUUACACUACAUACCCCUCCUUCAUCAAGGAUCUGGUAGAAUCCUCGGCCGAAUUGCUCCAAAAUCUCUCCAGGAGCCCCAAGGCAGAUAAAUUUUACACAAAAGGGCUUGAUAUUCUCGGUUGGCUGGCGGAUCCGGAUUCUCAGCCGGAUACUGAUUAUCUGGUCUCGGCGCCCGUCAGUCUGCCUUUGAUCGGCCUGGUCCAGCUCGCUCAUUACCAAGUCACCUGCAAAGUUCUUGGUCGGACCCCUGCUGAUGUCAAUGAGCGUUUCAAUGGUACCACUGGUCAUUCUCAGGGUGUGGUCACUGCGGCUGCCAUUGCCACGGCCACAUCAUGGGAAAGCUUCGCCAAAGCCGCCAAGGAGGCCAUCACCAUGCUUUUCUGGAUUGGAAUGAGAAGCCAGCAGGCCUAUCCUCGAACCAGUCUUGCUCCCACUAUUCUCCAAGACUCGGCCGAGGCCGGUGAGGGUACCCCAACUCCCAUGUUGUCUGUCCGCGAUCUUUCCAAGAAACAGCUCCAGGAACAUAUUGAUGCAACCAAUGAGCAUCUGCCCACCGAUCGCCACAUCGCCAUUUCUCUGAUCAACAGCGCUCGAAAUUUCGUGGUGACUGGUGCUCCAAUCUCCUUGCACGGUCUCAACCUCCGGCUGCGCAAAGUCAAAGCCCCCACUGGGCUCGACCAGAACAGAAUUCCUUAUACCGAGCGCAAAGUUAGAUUUGUCAAUCGCUUCCUGCCCAUCACUGCGCCUUUCCACAGCCCCUUGUUGACUGGGGCAUACAAGCAAAUCCUGGAGGAUUUGACCGAUCUUAAAAUUCCUGCAUCCCGCCUUACCAUUCCCGUCUUUGACACAAACACUGGCGAGGAUUUGCGAGCAUCUCAGGGCAAGGACAUUGUGCCCGAUCUUGUGCGUAUGAUUACACAAGAUCCGGUCCAUUGGGAACAAGCAACUGUCUUCCCGGGUGCGUCGCACAUUCUCGACUUCGGUCCUGGUGGAAUCUCUGGUCUCGGAGUCCUCACCAACCGAAACAAAGAUGGCACCGGUGUUCGAGUCAUUCUUGCUGGUGCUAUGGAUGGCACCAACGCUGAAGUUGGAUACAAGCCAGAAUUAUUUGACCGUGAUGAAGAGCACGCCGUCAAGUAUGCCACCAAUUGGGUCAAGGAACAUGGUCCUAAACUGGUCAAGACCUCGGUCGGUCAAACCUAUGUGGAUACCAAAAUGUCUCGUUUGCUUGGUGUCCCUCCUUUGAUGGUUGCUGGCAUGACCCCCUGCACAGUGCCAUGGGACUUUGUUUCUGCAACCAUGAACGCUGGGUACCACAUCGAAUUGGCCGGUGGUGGUUACUACAACGGCAAGAGCAUGACUGAAGCCUUGACCAAGAUUGAAAAGGCCAUCCCACCUGGGCGAGGUAUCACCGUCAACUUGAUCUAUGUUAAUCCUCGUGCCAUGGGCUGGCAGAUUCCACUCCUGGGCCAAUUGAGAGCUGAUGGUGUUCCCAUCGAAGGUUUGACCAUCGGUGCCGGUGUUCCCUCCAUCGAGGUUGCCCAAGAGUACAUCGACACUCUCGGAAUAAAGCACAUCGCCUUCAAACCUGGUUCAAUGGAUGCUAUUCAGGCUGUCAUCAAUAUUGCAAAGGCCAACCCCACUUUCCCAGUCAUUCUACAAUGGACUGGUGGACGUGGCGGUGGUCAUCACUCUUUCGAAGAUUUCCAUCAACCUAUCCUCCAGAUGUAUGGUCGCAUCCGAAAGUGUGAAAACAUUAUUCUCGUGGCUGGUAGUGGUUUCGGUGGUUCCGAAGACACUUAUCCAUAUAUCACUGGUGCGUGGGCUGGCAAAUUUGGCUACCCUCCUAUGCCUUUUGAUGGAGUGCUCUUUGGCAGUCGUGUGAUGACAGCCAAAGAGGCCCACACUUCCACAAACGCCAAGAAAGCCAUUGUAGAAGCCGAAGGUGCCGAUGAUAGUGAAUGGGAGAAGACAUACAAGGGUCCUACUGGAGGUGUCAUCACUGUUCGAUCAGAGAUGGGCGAGCCUAUUCAUAAGCUUGCCACUCGAGGUGUCAAAUUUUGGGCAGAGAUGGACCAAAAGAUCUUCAGUCUGGACAAGAAGAAGCGUGUCGCCGAGCUUAAGAAACAACGUGAGCACAUCAUCAAGAAAUUGAAUGAUGACUUCCAGAAGGUUUGGUUUGGCCGCAACUCUGCUGGUGAUACCGUUGACCUUGAAGACAUGACUUAUGCGGAGGUCGUUCGCCGCAUGGUUGAUCUCAUGUACAUCAAGCAUCAGUCUCGUUGGAUUGAGGUCACCCUUCGAAAUCUCACGGUUGAUUUCAUUCGCCGUGUUGAGGAGCGCUUCACUACCGGUGCAGGCAAACCAUCCUUGAUCCAGAGCUACUCAGAGUUCGAAAGCCCAUUCGAGGUUCUUGAGAAGGUUCUUGCUGCAUAUCCCGAGGCAGAGAGUCAAUUGAUCAAUGCCCAAGAUGUGCAGCACUUCUUACUCCUGUGCCAACGCCGUGGUCAGAAACCAGUCCCCUUCGUUCCAUCCUUGGAUGAAAACUUCGAAUUCUGGUUCAAGAAGGAUUCCUUGUGGCAAUCUGAGGAUCUGGACGCUGUGGUUGACCAGGACGUUGGUCGAACUUGUAUUCUCCAAGGUCCUAUGGCAGCCAAAUACUCCACCAAGAUUGACGAGCCAAUCAAGGACAUCCUGGAAGGCAUCACUAAUGACCACAUCAAGGGUCUCAUCAAAGACGUGUACGGUGGUCGAGAGGCGUCGGUUCCCGUCGUGGAAUAUUUCGGCGGCAAGAUUAUCAGUUCUCCUGAGACUGUAACUGAGCUUGAUGGUGUUACAGUCAUUCCGGAUGGCAGCCGCAUCACUUACCGCUUGUCAUCCUCACCAUCAGCGGCCUUGCCUGACACUGAUGACUGGCUUCAACUACUUGCCGGCAAGAGCUACUCUUGGAGACAUGCCUUGUUCACAACCGAUGUAUUUGUACAAGGUGCUCGCUAUCAGAACAACCCAUUGAAGCGUAUCCUCGCCCCCACGCGAGGCUUGGCUGUUGAAAUUGCUCAUCCCAAGGAUCCAAGUAAGACUAGCAUCACUGUGAGAGAACCUACACAAUCUGGCAAACUCAUCAAAACAUUGGACAUCAGCUUGGUGGGCAAAAAUGAAAUUCUCAUGAACCUUUGGGAAGAACGAACUGCUGAGGGUGGCGCGAUUGCACUGCCUUUCCAGUUUGUUUACCAUCCCGAGACAGGUUAUGCACCUAUUCAUGAAGUGAUGGAUGGACGCAAUGAUCGCAUCAAAGAAUUCUACUACCGUAUCUGGUUUGGAGAGAAAGACGUGCCAUUCGACACCCCUAUGACCAACAAAUUCGACGGUGGAAAAGCGACAGUCGUCACACAAGAUAUUGCUGACUUUGUCCACGCUGUUGGUAACACUGGCGAGGCUUUCGUUGACCGCCCCGGAAAAGAAGUGUUCGCUCCCAUGGAUUUCGCCAUUGUGGUUGGCUGGAAAGCUAUCACGAAACCUAUCUUCCCCCGCGCCAUUGAUGGUGACCUGCUCAAGCUUGUCCAUCUGUCCAAUGGGUUCCGCAUGGUUCCCGGUGCUGAACCGUUGAAGGUCGGUGAUGAGCUUCACACCUCAGCUCGCAUCAAUGCCGUCAUCAAUCAAGAAGCCGGAAAGAUGGUUGAAGUCUGUGGUACCAUUACCCGCAAUUCCAAGCCAGUCAUGGAGGUCACCAGUCAAUUCUUGUAUCGUGGAAAUUACACCGAUUACGAGAACACAUUCCAGCGCAAGGAUGAGACUCCUGUUCAAAUCACUCUUUCAUCUUCCAAGGAUGUUGCUGUCCUUCGUUCGAAGGAGUGGUUUCAAUUGGAUGAGCCAGACAUUGAUCUCCUUGGUCAAACGUUGACAUUCCGCCUGUCCAGCUUGGUGCGCUUCAAGGACCGAACUACAUUCCAAAGCGUCGAGACUCUUGGUCAGGUUCUGUUGGAACUGCCCACCAAGGAGAUUAUUCAAGUGGCCUCGGUUGAGUACGACGCCGGAGUUUCUCACGGUAACCCGGUCGUGGAUUACCUGCAACGACAUGGUCAGACAAUCGAGCAGCCAGUCAACUUUGAGAAUGCCAUCCCUCUCAGCGGUAAGACACCGUUGUCGCUCAAAGCACCUGCGUCCAACGAAACAUAUGCCCGUGUUUCAGGUGACUACAACCCUAUCCACGUAUCUCGCAUCUUUGCCAGCUAUGCCAAUCUUCCAGGGACCAUCACACAUGGCAUGUACUCGAGUGCAGCUGUCCGAAGCCUGGUCGAGACUUGGGCUGCCGAGAACAACAUUGGUCGUGUUCGCAGCUAUCAUGUGUCUUUGGUCGGCAUGGUCUUGCCCAAUGAUGAUUUGGAGGUGAAGCUAGAGCAUGUGGGUAUGGUUGCAGGUCGUAAGAUCAUCAAGAUCGAGACUAGCAACAAGGAAACUGGUGACAAGGUUCUCCUCGCAGAAGCUGAGGUUGAGCAACCUGUUUCUUCCUACGUCUUUACCGGUCAAGGCUCUCAAGAGCAAGGUAUGGGUAUGGACUUGUACGGCCGCAGUGAGGUUGCCAAGGAGGUUUGGGAUCGAGCAGAUCGUCAUUUCAUGGACAACUAUGGUCUCUCAAUCAUCAACAUUGUUAAGAACAAUCCCAAGGAGCUUACCAUCCACUUUGGAGGUCCUCGUGGCAAGGCUAUUCGUCAAAACUACAUGGCCAUGACAUUCGAGACCAUUAAUGCCGAUGGAUCUGUCAAGUCCGAGAAGAUUUUCAAGGAAAUCGAUGACAACACCACUUCCUACACUUACCGAUCACCUACUGGACUGCUCUCUGCCACACAGUUCACGCAGCCAGCCUUGACUUUGAUGGAAAAGGCAAGCUUCGAAGACAUGCGCUCCAAGGGUCUCAUUCAACGUGACAGCAGUUUUGCUGGUCAUUCUUUGGGCGAAUACUCGGCCCUUGCAUCCAUCGCCGAGGUCAUGCCCAUUGAGAGUUUGGUGUCGGUUGUGUUCUACCGCGGUCUGACCAUGCAGGUCGCUGUUGAGCGUGAUGAACAAGGACGAAGCAACUACUCUAUGUGUGCCGUCAACCCCAGUCGGAUUUCCAAGACAUUCAAUGAACAAGCUCUGCAAUACGUUGUGGAGAACAUUGCAGAGUCCACUGGAUGGCUUGUGGAAAUUGUCAAUUACAACGUUGCCAACAUGCAAUACGUUUGUGCUGGUGAUCUUCGAGCGCUCGACUGCAUGACUAAUGUGCUCAAUGUUCUCAAACUUCAGAAGAUUGACAUCCAGGCACUUAUGCAAACGAUGUCAUUGGAUGAUGUCAAAGCUCAUUUGAUGGAGAUUGUUGACGAGUGUCGGAAGAAGACAGAAGCCAAACCACAACCGAUUGACCUGGAGCGUGGAUUUGCAGUGAUCCCGCUCAAGGGUAUCGAUGUGCCAUUCCACAGCACUUUCUUGCGUUCUGGAGUCAAGCCAUUCCGAUCUUUCUUACUGAAGAAGAUCAACAAGACCAGCAUUGAUCCUGCCAAAUUGGUCGGAAAGUAUAUCCCCAAUGUGACAGCCAAACCAUUCGAGAUCACUAAGGAGUAUUUCGAAGAGGUUUACCGUCUGACCAACUCACCUCGGCUGGCCAAGAUUAUCGAGGAUUGGGACAAGUAUGAGAAUGCAGGAGGAUCAGGGGUUAGACGCCUCUCAACUGUGGCAUAA